AUGUCACCGAGCCGCGUGGCCUGGCGUCCACUCACAGAGGACGAAACACGAGCUGUAUUCGAGAAGCUCGCAAACUAUGUAGGAAAAAAUCUCGUACACAUCAUUAAUCCAUCCGGUGCGUCCUCCAAAGAGGAUGUAGAAGACGACGAAGACACAGCACCUCUUCUCAGAUUGCAGAAGGAUAAGGUUUUCUUGUUGAACACAUCUAUCAACAACUUAGCUACAUCUGUAGCCCGUCCUAACCUCAUUAGUCUCGGUCAAUGCUUAGGAAAAUUCACGAAAUCUGGAAAAUUUAAACUCGGGAUUGGUUCUUUGGAUGUACUCGCUAGAUGGGCUAGAUAUAAGGUCUGGGUAAAGCCAAAUGGUGAACUUCCAUUCUUAUACGGUAACCACGUCGUCAAAGCACAUUUGGGUAGAAUUACUGAGGAUACACCAGAGCAUCAAGGUGUUGUAGUACUCAGUAUGUCGGAUAUCCCACUCGGUUUCGGUGUCAGUGCGAGAUCAACGGUCGACACUCGCAAGCUUGAUCCAACGGGAUUGGUUGUAUUCCACCAAGCAGAUGUUGGUGAAUACUUGAGAGAUGAGGAUACACUCUUUUAG